GCGGGGCCGGUAAGGGCUGGGACGACCCCGGCGGAGGUCGGACGGCGCCCGGCAAGGGCAGCGCCCGCCGGGGCUGCGAGAUCGCCCGCCGGGCUGCCCGCGGCUCAUGUCUGCCGUGCCCCGGCGAGGGUGACUGGGGACGGCUCCAGCUCCCUCUCCGCCGCGGGAGGUAAAUUCCUGUCAGCGCCCCGCAGAGUUGUCGGCUCCGCGGUGAGUCCACCUGGCUGCCCGUGUAUUUAAAAGCAGAAAAAGAAAAAUUAAAAGGUUUGCUGGACGGUCAGACUGAAAGGAAAAUGGUAACGGAGUCUGAUAAACUCACCAGUAACAACUGUUCCGAGUAUCCUCUUUUGCUUUAUGCAGGUGAAGCCUCUGGGAAAGCCCUGUUAGAGAGGAGCGCCGGGGGACGCCCCUGGCCGUCAGCCAUGGCCGUACCUAUCGCGGUUCUUGACUGCGACCUCUUGCUCUAUGGCCGCGGACACAGGACUUUGGAUCGCUUCAAGCUGGAGGAUGUCACGGAUGAGUAUCUAGUAUCCACCUACGGCUUUCCCCGACAGUUCAUUUGCUACCUAGUGGAUCUCCUGGGAGCCACUCUCUCACGCCCUACACAACGGUCCAGGGCCAUCAGUCCAGAGACGCAAAUCCUUGCUGCAUUGGGUUUCUAUACGUCUGGCUCCUUCCAGACUCGCAUGGGGGAUGCUAUGGGCAUUAGCCAAGCCUCGAUGAGCCGCUGUGUUGCCAAUGUAACCGAGGCACUGGUGGAAAGAGCCUCACAGUUUAUUCACUUUCCUAAAGAUGAAGCUACUGUACAGGCCCUGAAGGAUGACUUUUAUGCGCUGGCAGGAAUGCCGGGAGUGCUGGGGGUGGUUGACUGCACUCACGUGGCAAUCAAAGCACCAAAUGCUGAGGACCUGUCCUAUGUGAACCGAAAGGGUCUCCAUUCCCUGAACUGCCUCAUGGUGUGUGAUUCCAGAGGAGUCCUCCUUAGUGCUGAAACGCACUGGCCAGGCAGCCUGCCUGACUGCACGGUGUUAGAACAGGCAGCCCUCACAAGCCAGUUUGCAACUGAGCUACAUAAAGAUGGCUGGCUCCUUGGUGACAGCUCUUUCUUGCUCCGGACGUGGCUGAUGACCCCUCUGCACAUUCCCGAGACGCCUGCAGAGUACCGCUACAACAUGGCCCAUUCCGCCACUCACAACGUCAUUGAGCGCACCUUCAGAACCAUUCGGUCGCGGUUCCGCUGCCUCGAUGGCUCCAAAGGCACCCUGCAGUAUUCUCCAGAGAAGUCCAGCCACAUCAUUCUGGCCUGCUGCGUGCUUCAUAACAUCUCCCUGCAGCAUGGGCUGGACGUGUGGUCUGCACCAGCCACAGGACACAUGGAACAAUCGGAAGAAGAAUAUGAGCAAAUGGAAUCAGUGGACUCGGAAGCCUGUCGUGUUCGUCAGGAGCUUUUACUUACUCAUUUUAGCUAAUGUUGUGACAGAGAGAAGGCUUUUAGUUAUCUGGAGCAAAUGUGCCCCUUCCUCUUCUUUAAGCCUGUAAAGACUUAAGCAGAUGUGAGACGAGAAGAAAUAUACUCUCUUCAUUUCAGGCAAAUUUCUGAACUUCUCUCAAUCUCUCCAGAGAUUCCAUUUAAUUGGGACAUUUUUGCUGUCACGAUGCUUACAGGCGCCUCAUUCACUUGAGAACAACGACUAAUGUGACGACGGUGGGAAAAUUAGGGAAAUUGUCUUUUAUAGUGAUGGAAAAUUUGUAAACCUUGCACUGUUUUACAAAGCAACAAUUCUAUUCCACUGUGUAACUCAAAACACUUAUGAUUAAUUUUUUAAACAGUAUUUUGCAC